UGUUAGCAGUACAGAAACAGUAGAAUGAUCAGUAGAAAUGCGUAUACCAAUGAAUCAAGAUUCAUUCAUUAAUUUCAUUGGGAAGGAAAACUCUCAGUUAACUCUUACAGACACACACGUUAACUCUGCACCCAUCAACCCUCUCUCUGUCUCCACCUGCAAUUAACACUCUUAACACUACUGUUACUAUCUACUCUACUGUAUUCAUCUUCUCUUGUGAAACCAUGAAUCUGAUUCCACCUUUUUCAGAACACUAUACUGUCCAAGAACCCCAAAAAUCCCUAUUCUUCUGACUCACUACUCUUUCUUUUUCCUUUUCUUUUCUUUCUAAUUCAAAUAUUAUCACUCACUACUCAGCUUCAUUUCCGGGAGUACUCUCUCGAGACAAUUAUAUGCAGCUUUCUUUUUGCCAAACAGUAAACUCUGGGGACUAAACAAAACAGGGUUUGGUGGAAAUACUUGCAGUGAGAUUUCUUCUAUGGAUCAUCAUCAUCAACAUCAUCAUCAUAUCAUGAACAAUAUGGAAACUAGUGAUAGGAAGUUUCUUUCAUUUCCUCUCAACAAUAACUCUUCUGGUGUUCAAGAUCAUCAUCAUCAUCAUCAUAACUUUACUCACCAGAACAACAACAACAACAAUAACAGCACUACAAGUGUUGUUGUUAGGGAUAAAAUCAUGGCUCAUCCUCUCUUUCCUCGUCUCUUGUCUUCUUACCUCAAUUGCUUAAAGGUUGGAGCACCACCUGAAGUGGUGGCUAGCUUAGAAGAAUCAUGUGCAAAAUGUGAAUUAUUGAAUGGUUCUUCAGGAAGGACAGGAACUAGUUCUUGUAUAGGUGAAGAUCCAGGUCUGGAUCAGUUCAUGGAGGCAUAUUGUGAGAUGCUUAUCAAAUAUGAGCAAGAGCUUACAAAACCCUUCAAGGAAGCUAUGCUUUUCCUUUCAAGAAUUGAGUCUCAGCUUAAGGCUCUUGCUGUUUCAACUGACUUUGGUCAAAGCGAACCACCGUCAAUGAAUGAGAUUGAUGUUCAUGAAAACAACUUCGAUACUCAAGGUGAAGAUCAAGAAUUAAAAGUGCAGCUGUUGCGCAAGUAUAGCGGAUAUCUUGGCAGCCUCAAGAAAGAGUUUUUGAAGAAGAAAAAGAACGGAAAGUUACCAAAGGAAGCGCGUCAACAACUACUCGAUUGGUGGAACCGGCAUUACAAAUGGCCCUAUCCAUCGGAAUCUCAAAAACAAGCACUUGCAGAAUCGACAGGGCUAGAUUUGAAACAGAUCAACAACUGGUUCAUUAAUCAGCGAAAACGUCACUGGAAACCUUCUGAGGAUAUGCAAUUUGCUGUGAUGGAUGCCACAAACUACUACAUGGAAAAUGUAAUGUGCAAACCAUUUCCCAUGGAUGCCAUGCCUAUGCUUCUUUAGAUUUGACCUCAUCAAAACCCUAUCUAUAUAUAAGCUAUAAAUUACCUAGGUUAUGAAGGUACAAUAUAUUUUAAUUAUAAUGUAUGGUUAUUUACUUUAAUCUGUUGAAAAUGGAGGAUGAAAAUUCCAUGAUAUCCUUGAACUACAUCUAUUAAAGUGAACAUGAAUCAUGUUAUAUAUAAGCUACUAUUAAUUAUCCUUA